CCUGCAACGGAAAGGCAGUCACAGGUCGCAUGUCUCGAGUCGCGUCCCAAAACCUGCUGGCGGCUGACGCGCAUGCGUAGCGUUGCCCUUCUUUGCAAGGCUGUCAUUCCGCGCCUGCCUUUUCUUUCCUCGGAGCGAAGGACGCUUCCGUCUUUUUUUUUUGCUAACAAUUUUAUUGCAGAUUUAAAGGAACCAUUUAAAACAGUUAUUGUUUCAGUCGUACAUAGUGGUUAAUUUCAAGAUCAUUGACGCCAACAGUCUCCCGCCCCGAGCAACACCGUUUGAGUUGAUUUCAUAUAUUUCUCCCCCCAUCUGAAAUACUACGCAUCCUUUUGCAAAGAGAACUGAUUGAGAUGUUGGCAAUUUCAAGAAACCAGAAACACGCACAACCUGGGGAGGAGAGCCAGAUCCUCGAGUUGUUGAUUCAAAGGGAUAAAGAGUUCCAAGAAUUAAUGAAACUGGCCCUUGAUCAAGGGAAAAUCUAUCAUGAGAUGCAGCUAUUGGAAAAAGUGGUAGAGAAGAGAGACAGUGAUAUUCAGCAGCUUCAGAAACAACUGAAAGAAGCAGAGCAUAUAUUGGCUACAGCUGUUUAUCAAGCAAAAGAAAAACUGAAAUCAAUAGAAAAGGCAAGGAAGGGGGCAAUUUCAUCUGAAGAAAUAAUUAAAUAUGCUCACAGAAUUAGUGCCAGCAAUGCUGUUUGUGCUCCUCUGACAUGGGUGCCAGGCGAUCCUAGGAGGCCAUACCCAACUGAUUUGGAGAUGAGGAGUGGUUUGCUGGGUCAGAUGAACAACCCAUCAGCAAAUGGUGUCAAUGGACACUUACCAGGGGAUGCACUUGCAGCCGGCAGAUUGCCAGAUGUACUCGCACCUCAGUAUCCCUGGCAAUCAAGUGAUAUGUCAAUGAACAUGCUGCCGCCUAAUCACAGCAAUGACUUUAUGCUAGAACCUCCUGGACAUAAUAAGGAAAAUGAAGACGAUGUAGAGGUCAUGUCAACAGAUUCAUCAACUAGCAGUAGUGACUCAGAUUAGGAACCACAUCUCAGUAUUUUGUGCAGACUGUACACUUGGUCUACAAUCCAGAUAGGGGCUACAGUACAAGACAAGAAAACUAAAAUGUGGGCAUUUAUUUCCUUAUAUUUAAUUCAUUCAUUCAAAAGAUCCUGUUUAUGGCUGGACACAGUACUGGAGAAAACUGAGCUUCUUUCCAAUGGCUAUGACACAAUUUGUUUCAAUGUGUUCAUUGUACAGUGGAUAAAUUUUUUCCCCAAGAAUUUAUUUUAGUGAACAACUAUGGGAAGUGAUAACUAAUUAUCAUGGCUUGGAUCCAGAGUAGUCCUUCCGUGAAGGGUUCAUUUAAUUUGUGGAAAGGGCUGCAAUCCAGUGAAGGUGCCUGCAAAUAGUAUAAGGAAAAUUUUCACCAAUUCCCCUUGUAGCUUCCCCUGCUGGUCUGGAGGGUUUUCCAACUUGCCAGAAUAGAUAGUUGGAGGGGAAGGGGGCAAUUGGGGAAAAUCCAUUUCCAUGAACAGAAGUAUUCUGUGAGCAGAACUUUGCUCCCAGGAUCUCUGGGAGACAAUAUGCAAUGUGAAUUGGGUUAAAUGUUUAUAGAUAUUAUAAGUUUGUUGCCAGGGCCACAUUCUACUAACUCAUUACGCUAGCAGAAGCUGCUGUAAGCAUUACUGCUAGUGCAACAGGAUUUCCCCUGGCGCCCUCCCCAGAUCUGCUCUGGAGGGCUAGGAGAACCCCCAAAACAGUGCAUUGUGGGAGGAGAGGGGAGAUUGUUCCAUCUGGCAAGAAGAAAUGCUUCUGCUGGUGGAACAAUCUCCUUAGUGCUACACUGAAUAUAACCCUAGGGUUCAGCUCAUGAUCAGCUUUGUGUGUGGUUUUUUUAUAGGAUAUAAUAAGCUUGGGACUAAUUUUGUGAUAUAUUUUGAAUGAGGUUCUUUCAAAUAAAAGCAUACUACUAUUCAUCUUUUUGAUGAAUGAUGAAUGCUACUAUUCAUCAUGCCCAGUCUGAGGGCAUUAAGUUUUAUCCAGUGAUUGUGGGGGGGAAAGCUCCCACAACCAUAUUCCUCUUCUUCCCUGCAGCCCUACUGAAAAGCGCCUCCAUAGGAUUGGGGUGCCUUCACAGGGUGGCCUGUGAAGGUGGCAGCUGUUGGAGGAGGUAGGGGACAUAGCCUCAGCUCAGGCAGAGGCAGAAGGAAAGUGCUUUUGCCUGGUUUUGGAUGAUUCUGUCCUUCCACCAGAGUUCUCCUCCCACCACGGCAAGGGAAAAAUACAGCCCACACUAUUCAAGAGGGCCCUGCAAGCCCUUGGAGGCUUUGGAGGCGAAAGAGAGGUUGCACAAGCUCCUUUCCGUUAUUGUACCCUUGGAUACAACAUUAAGAGUAUAUUGAGCUGAGAGUUAGUUUACUAGAUUUACAGCAAGCUAAAUCCCUUUACAGCAAGUCUGCAGUACUGGAACGGGUUUGGAUAAGGCAGAGGAGCCCAGCUGGUGAGGAGUGCACCUGCCCCAAGCAAUGGAUGGGCGGAAGCUACCAUUGGAGAUAUCCCUGCCCGGGGCAGCCAAUACAAAUUCAAUAACAUGUUGCUGGCAAAAAGUACAAAAAAAUCUGUGUGGCUGUUCAUUGUCAGGGAGGGUGCAACCCACCGCUUAAUGUACAGGAUAUGCAAAUCAAGACUGCAGGUUCCAGGAACUGUACUAUGGCAACCCUUUAUAAACGGGUGGUGAAUUUUUCAACCUGAGGCUUAGAUUCCCUUGCAGCCAAACUUCCAGGAACUGCAGGCCAGCAGGGAACAGGGCCCUCAGUGCUUCCUCACACCCCACACUCAUACAGGGCCAGCACUAGACUUCAGAGGUCCCCAGUGCCACAGCUGCCCUGACCCCCCCUCCCUCUGUGCCCUGUCCCCAUCUUUGUCGUAGUGGCAGCAGUGCCAUUCUCCUACUUUCUUUUUUGGGGGGGGGCAGGCUCUGAGAAAAGAUCAAAGGAGGGUCUUCGUUUAGAACUGAGUGAGGUGUCUAAGAGAAUGUAAACUUAAUUUUAAAAAAGCUGCAGUGAUGGUGCAGGCAUUUUGCAGGUCACCUCACCCCAAAGGCCCCCCUUUGGCCCUUCAUGUAGACUCAGAACAAUUGAAAAGGCCGAGGGGAAAGCAGCAGGCAGGAAGAUGGAGGCAGCCACUAGAAAUGGGAGCCAAGUGGUGUCUGAAUCCCUCCACAGUUCAUGCCGCAUGUAGUCCUGAAAUAAGCUAUUGGCUUCAAUUCAGUAAUUAUGGUGCUGGGCAGGAGGGGCAAAGAAGCUGUAGGCUAGAGCGGGAGGCCCCACAGGCUGCAAAUAGCCUGUGAGCUGGCACUUUCCUACCACAUCUUGAAACGUAGGUGGCUGAGGGCCAACCUUUUUUCAUGUAGUCCCUGAUACCUCCUGAAGCCACCCCAUUCUCCCACCAGAAUUCUCGUUUGCUUCCUUAUUAUGCCUGGACUUUAAGCAUCCUCCACCUUUAUACAGCUUCAGAACAGCUGAAAUGGGGACAAAAAUGGGGCUUUUAAAAAAAAUAAAAUGUUAUUUUAGAAUGUUUUCCUAGCUGGCUUGGUGAAAAAUAGGUUACCCACCCCCAGCUGUCUAAAAACAAAUUGGUAGGAUUCUGCCAUGUGCAUGCACCGCCCUAAAAUCAGAGAUGAAUUGCUUUCACUUGCUUUGCAGAACAAUAGUUGUAUUGGUCUUAUCAACUCUUUCCUGUUCUUUUUGAUAGUACCUCUCCCACUUGGGGCCAGAAAAGCAGUUCAGGUGAGAAAGCCACAAUAUGAAACAUACAGCAUAAUGCACCCAAAUAAACCCAGAACAUUUUAAAAACAAACCGUGCAGUAACACACAUGGUAUGGAAGAACAAUGCCUUUACUAUGAGAAGACAAAGCAAUUACCCUGCCCCACUGCAUCCCCUAGCACACUUGUUUAAAUGCAACUGAACAUGCACUAAUUGCUAUACAUGUAUUAUAUGUACACGUAUUGUAUCAAUCUUCCUUGCUAUAGGACUAACGUUUGUCAAAAUGCUGCAUUUUGGGUGACAUGUUUAGUGCCAGGCCUGUGUACUUCUAUGUAGGGUAGGGGUAGAAUAUGCUUACUCCCCCCAUCCCUGCUUGCCCACAGGGGUAGAAUAGAGUUCUUUAUUUUACAAAAAUAAGUCCCUGUGAAAACAAACAUUUCCUACACAGUAAAUUUAGCACUCUCUUUUUAAGUGAUUUCCAGUGUAUCCCAUGAGGUGAUUUAAUUCUUCUGUGAAAGGAUUGUAGCCUUGCUCUUUUAAGCAGCGUAAACCCCAGAACAGUUGAUCUGCCGAAGGAAACUCUUCCCAUUUGACCCAUUCCCAGCCUGUAAAAAGAAAGGAGGAAAGGUAUUGCAUUGUAGGAAGUCAGAACUUUGAGCCAGCUCAUGUAGACAUCCCCCCCCCCAAGAUGUAUCCGGAUUUGGGUGCUUCCACACGGCAGUUUACAGUGGGCUCGGUGCUACCUACCCAUGCAAGCUUUUUGCAGCAUUCACACGAUCUUAUCAAACUGCCAUCCCAUAUUCCCAUUUCAUCCAGAUUUACCAUUUCUACAGAAAAGCCAAUAAGUAAAAAAUGUGGAAGCAGUAAAUCCACAUUACAUGUGGGUGGGAGAAAAUAUGGGAUGGCCUUUGGGUAAGGGUGAUGUUGUGUGGACUCUGCAAAAAACUUGCGUUCUUCAGCAGCACCAAGUCCAUAAUAAGCUGCUGUAUGAUAGCAACCUUAAAGGCACUAGUAGGAUGUAAGCUGCUUCAAUACAUAAUAUUGCUCUUCCUUUUACUCCCCACGUAAAAGCCUACUCAUUUUUGAACUGUAUCCACCCUUCAGCAUUAAGCAUGCUGCUAUACUGCUGAAGUGCGAGACCACCAAUUUUCUGCUUAACAGCUGCAACAGAAAAGGCAACUGGCAGUGUGGCAGGGGUUUCAAACAUUCCGGGCCCUCUCGGCUGAUUCACUCUGCAAAGGUCCGUGUGAGAUCAGGGCAUGAUGGAUCCGUCUGCAACAGAAAAGCCACAUGGGGAGGCACCAAUCGCAGGGGAAGGAAGAAUAUCUCGGAUGGAUGGUGGUUCCACAUCUCUUCCAAUUGGAGCAUUUUCUCAACUGAGCAUUAUUGUAGUAACUGGUUGGGCUUCAAUAUAACAAAGAAGAAACAGUAUAAAAAUGCCACAUGAAACUUCUGUCUGUCCCCCCUCAAUUUCUCUUUAAAGCGUAGCCAGUGUGGUGGAGUGGCUAGAGUGUUGCAUUACAACUCUGGGUCCAGGUCAGAUCUCCACUCAGCCAUGAAGCUCAUGGGAGUUGAUGGCCAGUUUUCAUCUCUCAACCUAUGAUAUCUCAUAGGGUUGCUGUGAUGAUAAAGUGUGUGUGUGUGGGGGGGAAGAACCAUGUACACUGUUUUGAGUUCCUUGGAGGAAAGGUGGAAUAUACAUGUAAAUAAAUAAAAUGUUAGUGGUUUUACAGGCCUUUGACAUUGCUAAAUAUUUUUAUUCCUUCAAGAUCCUAUUGGAACAGAUUUGGAAGAACUGCAAAACAAUGCAAACAAACAAAAUAGAUGGGGGUAUGAGGUCAUAUAACUGUUCUAUUUGUAUCAUUACAGAUCUAACCCCAUCAGAAUAUGGAUAAGAGGCGCCUGCGUAAAUUAAGAUAGAUUUACACUCUCAUCCAAUGCUUACAUGGAAGCAAUCAAUGGAGCCUACUCCAAGAUAACUGCAUAGAAUUACACCCUAAACCUCACCAGAGGCAAUGUAAAAAUAUAUAUGGCAUUUUCAUACGCAAGAGGAUAGAAGAAAUAGAAAACUAUAAUCUUACUGUAAAACUAUGCACAGAAUGUUGUUAUGGAAACUUCCUAACUAAGCAAUGUUCACUGAAGAGUAAAAUCAUGUCCUACUUUCAUUUUUAUCAGGUUCCAGAUUCCUUGGUUCAGAUUCAUAAUUCAUAUCCACUUCUCCUUUCAUUAAGAUAGUGACAUAGUGGUAAUGAUCCUUCAGACUAAUAGCAUUUACAGUUGAUGCAAAAUGGACAUAUGCUAGGUGUAGGGCUGUUUCUUCCAAGGUCUCUCUUUCUGCACAUUCUGCCAAGCUUUCACUAAACAGACAAGAGGAAAAAGGUUAAGCAAACGCAAAAUACUAGUUGUACUCAGAAGGCAAGAAUCAGGCCUAACUGCUUGAAGCAUCAGUAGAACUCAGCUUAUUCAUCAUCCAGCAACCAUAAAGAUGAUAAUGGCUUCACCACUAGGUCUAUCCUUCUGGACCUAUUUGAGGGCCAGUAUGGGGUGAGGAAGGGACAGGAAAUAGUUCUUAGGUUAAAGGCAGCAUAAGAUUGCCUGUGACCAGCAGUUGUAUGGAAAUAAAGAUUUGAGUGAUUGCACCUA